CGUAAAGUUAGUUUUUCCUACAGACAUGAAUGUAGCACAGUGCCACGUCAGCUGACUGAACUCAUGUGACAGUCUGGACCAGCACGUCAACAUGGCUGCAGCACAACAACCUGUCUACUGGCUGGGGAACGAAACCCUGAGGGUGUCUGCUGCCCUGUUUGCAGAGAAUCGCCAACGUCUGUGCAGUGGGCUGAAGGCCAAAGAUGGGUUGGUGCCGCAGUCGAUGGUGGUGCUGCAAGGUGGAGAGCAGACGCAGAGGUACUGCACGGACACAGACCUGCUCUUCAGACAGGAGUCUUUCUUCCACUGGGCUUUCGGAGUAACCGAGGCUGAUUGUUAUGGAGCCAUUGACGUGGAGUCAGGAAAAUCCAUCCUUUUUGUUCCCAAGCUGCCUGAGAGCUAUGCUACUUGGAUGGGAGAGAUCCAUUCUAAAGAACACUUUAAGACAAAGUAUGCUGUGGAUGAGGUGCACUACGCCUGCGAUAUUGCUGAUGUUCUGUCCCACAUGAGCCCUGAAGUUCUCCUCACACUGCGAGGACAGAAUACAGAUAGCGGGAGCAUCUGCCGUGAAGCCUCCUUUGAAGGAAUUAGCCGCUUCACAGUCAACAACACUUUCUUACACCCUGUCAUUGUGGAGUGCCGUCUGACUAAGACCGACAUGGAGCUGGAGGUCCUGCGCUACACCAACAGGAUUUCCAGCGAGGCUCAUAAAAUGAUCAUGAAGCAUGUCAGACCUGGCCAGAAAGAAUAUGAAAUGGAGAGCCUCUUCCAGCACUACUGCUACAACAAAGGAGGGAUGCGUCACACAUCCUACACCUGUAUCUGUGGAACGGGACACAACUCCUCCAUCCUUCAUUACGGCCAUGUUGGGGCUCCAAAUGACAAGACGAUUGCAGAUGGAGACAUGUGUCUGUUCGACAUGGGUGGAGAGUACUAUUGUUACUCCUCAGACAUCACCUGCUCCUUCCCAGCCAACGGAAAGUUCACUGCAGACCAGAGGGCCAUCUAUGAGGCGGUCCUCAAAUCCUCCCGAGAUGUCAUGGCUGCAAUCAAACCAGGUGUUAAGUGGACUGACAUGCACCGCCUGGCUGACAGGGUUCACCUGGAGGAGCUGGUAAAGAUCGGCAUCGUGACCGGCAGCGUGGAGGACAUGUUGAAGGUCCACCUGGGCUCCGUCUUCAUGCCCCACGGCCUUGGACACCUGCUGGGCAUUGAUGUGCACGAUGUGGGGGGAUACCCUGAGGGGCUUGAGCGUAUCAACGAGCCUGGACUGAAGAGUCUCCGGAUGGGCCGUCUGGUUCAGGAGAGGAUGGUGCUCACGGUGGAGCCGGGCAUUUACUUCAUCAACCACCUGCUGGACGAGGCCUUGGCCAACCCCGCACAGAGCUGCUUCAUCAAUAACCAAGUGCUGGCUCGCUUCAGAGGCUUCGGAGGGGUCCGCAUUGAAGAUGACAUUGCAGUCACACAUGACGGCAUCGAGCUGCUGACCUGCGUCCCCCGCACCGUGGAGGAGAUCGAGGCUUUCAUGGCUGAAACUGCGAAACCUUUCAGCCCUCUCGUCAGCGUCUGAUUGACGUCUCACAGUUAAGAUGAAAACAUUGUGAUUUCAUUCCUUACUUUAAAUGAAGAACAAAGAUUAUUCUUUGGUAAAAAAUGGAAGUUCUUACUCUUAUAUCUCACCUGUACAACAGAAUACACAAUCAAGAUGAUUAUUGAGUCAUAGAAUCAAAAACAUGUUUUUCAAAACAGCAUCUUUACGAAGCUGUCACAAUGUUUUGAAAAUUGUGCAGCGGUCACUUAAAGGGAAAAACUCCACCUGAACACAUGUCAAGUGUUCAUGUAUGUGCCUCUUAGAGAAACACAAAUUAUUUUUUAUUUUAUUAUGAAAUUUGUAUUCUUCUGUGUUCCUCUUUGUAAACAUUGAUUCACAAAAUGCUUUUGAUUUCAAUUAAAGUCUCAACAUUUCAACCUUU